UCGGCGCAUCUAAGAUGUUGCCAAAAGCUGUCUACAUAUCUCUACUGAUAGGCGCGUUUUGCAUUAUCAGCCAAAUGUCGGCCAGUUGUGGCGAAAGGGAUGAAUAUCACAAUGUUUUACAAGGAGUUGACGGGAACGAAGGUGAAAAAGUGAUGUUAUUGGAUAAUGCGGAAGAAACCGCGCCAAUGCUCAGACAUAGACGGUCUAACAGUUUUAUCUCAAGACACAAAAAACAUAGGAAACUAUCAAGGAAGCGUAAAAAACCAAAAUCAAAGAAAAAAUACGAAAAACAUAUAUUGCCAUUACAAGGAGGUGUAUUUCCUAUAGUUGCUCAUAUUAUCAGACAACUGCUGGGAAGUUUUCGCGCAGGAGAUAAAAUGUAUAACCCUCUACAAGUAAUAAAAAAAGGCAGAGAUAAAAAAGUGAUGUGGAUGGAUGGUAAAGAGAAACAUUGGCCAGUGUUCAAACAAAUCGGGCUUAAAAAGGGAAAUCGAAGAACCACCAACUAUACAGGAAUUAUCAACACAGCCACAAGGAAUUAUACCAAAAGAAGAAACAUCAGACGUACAUGA